AUCACAGUGUGUUGCUGUAUUCAUUCUGUGUCUCAUUGGGUAAUCGACAGGGACAGUCUAACCGGGCUUUGGUUAAAAGGAGCUGUAGCUGGUUGGUAUUGUACAGCCUAGAUUUGGAAGAUAAACUGGCAACGAGAAGAAACUCGCCGAUGGCAGUGACUGUGAACUUGUUCCGAAUAUUGGCUGUUUGUUCAUGCCUCGCGCUGGCUGUUGGCAUAUGCAGGAAAGACUGCGCUCUCUGCAUGUAUCGCCGCGAAGGAACCACCAAAGCAAGUAGUUUGAGCUGCACACUAGAAUGUCAAGGAGGGGUAGACAACCAGAACCUGGACAUGUGUAGAAAUGUCCUGACGGAGGAAGAACGCACAGCUGCCCUCCGCCUACAGGGGAGUGAGGGUGAAGCAGAGCACCAACACCAGCUCACUAAGAAGUACGGUGGCUUUAUGAAACGCUAUGGUGGCCUCGUCAUGAAAAAGACAGGGGAUGACACCGGAGCUCAUUUUGAUGGAGAGGCCACAGAGCUGAUGAGCAAACGUUAUGGCGGCUUCAUGAAGAAGGACGCAACAGCCCAUCAGGAGGGAGGAGAGGUCAGGCAGCUUCAGGCUUUGAGGGAGAUCCUGAAUUUGGGUGUCAGGGAUGCCCAGUAUAGUGAAGAAGGUUCUAAGCACUUUGAUGAUUUUAUGAGAAACCCACAGGAGAGCAAUAAAGAUUUGGUACGGGAUCUGCAAAAGCGCUAUGGGGGUUUUAUGCGUAGAGUGGGCCGACCAGAGUGGCUAGUUGAUAAUAAGGUGCAUGGUGGAUUUGCAAAACGUUUUUUGGAGGAGACUGCAGAAACCAGCGUUCCUAAUAUAGAGAAGAGGUAUGGUGGCUUCAUGGAUUAGGCAUCUGCGGUUGAGUGAAAGAAUGGACUGCAAAUUACCUGUUAUUUUUCUGUUUAGAACCAGUAUUGUACCUCUUUUUGCAUUCCCUGCUCUGAUUUAUCUUUGCUGCGUCAAUAUUCCUUGUAGAUAAUUCAUAUAAGGUGUUUUUUGUUGUUUGCUCUUAAUAAAUAAUUCUGGUGAUGUUGACAAGUUCAAGCACAUAAAUUACAUUUCUUAUACCAUUGCUUUGAAUUCUAGAGUCAAUUGAAUUGAAUAUAGAAAUGAGUUAAUGAACUGGUUAACAUGAUGAUCUUACAGUAUUUCAAUUUGAUUCUGUUUGUUUUCUACCCUUCCUUGAGUGUUUUAAAGCUUUUUGCACACUGUUGUUUGUGUUUGUGAUAAGUUAAAACAAUUACAACAAACAAAGCACAAUAAAGGUUUAUUUGACGAAGCACAAUAAAUCAAGUGCAUAAAUA